AUGUGCGCGUCGCUACGAAAGGCACUCGAAGAAAAAUGGAGACAAUUCCAAAAUGAUCACGAUAAAAUUGAAAAUGAAGCAUCAAGCGACGACAUGAAAAUGAGGUACUUUACAGAAGAUUUUUUCUCAACAUCGGAAGAAAUUUAUCUCACGCAAAAAGGAAAGUUAUUGGACUAUCUUCGUGUAUUUGUUGACAGACCUCCCGAAGUUGCAAGAGUUGACCCCAUUCCAAUAGUACGACAAUCACUGCCAAAAAUCAAUAUCCCAAAAUUCUCGGGAGACUUUACCGAAUGGCUAAACUUUCGCGAUCUCUUCAAGUCUAUGGUGAUUGACGCACCGUUGUCGCCAAUAGAGCGAAUGCACUAUCUAAAAACUAAUCUAACAAAGAAAGCCUCUUCCCUAAUUGCUUCAGUGCCUUCCACUGCUGACAAUUUUGAAGUCGCGUGGCAGCUUCUUUCCUCUAGAUAUGACAAAACUCGCUUAUUAACCAAUGCUCAAAUUGCUAGCCUUUUCUCACUCCCAGCUAUGACCUCGGAGUCCUCCUCGGAUCUGAAGGUCCUCUACAACGGAACCUCCAAUGCACUCGGUGCAUUGAAGGCAUUAGGACGCCCCGUUGACAAUUGCGACGAUUUUAUCGUGUAUAUGACAGUGCAAAAGUUAGAUAAGCAAUCUCGGCGCGAGUGGGAAGCCUCUGUCGGAGCAAAAAAGGAACCAUCUACUUUCAAGGAACUGCAAUCCUUUCUCGAGAAUCGCAUUUGCUCCAUCGAGGCCCUCGAAGGAGCGACAAAACCUCGCGAAAGCUCAGCAUCUACGAAAACCGCACCCUCAAGCGCUGUUCGUAACUCGAAAAAACCAUCCAGCUCGUCGCCUCAUCAGGGAGUCAAAUCUCACGUAUCAAGCACCUCUCCAACCAAUCAGAAAUGCGCUUUAUGCCAAGAAGGACAUUUCGUUCUCUUCUGCGAAGCCUUUCGUGCUAAAACGGCUGAAGACCGAAGGUCCUUCGUGCUAGAAAACAAAUUGUGCCUAAACUGCCUUGGGCACCACUACGCUCGCGACUGUCGUUCUCAAAAAACGUGUCAAGCCUGCAAGGGCAAGCAUCAUACCACUCUUCAUGACUCUUACUCAUCACCGGCUACAACGGUCAACUCAAUUGGUGCUAAGCAACCACCUGAGAGACCAACUACCUCGACGUCAACUCAACUCGCAACUCACAACGCUGAAGCACCAAGAGCUGCAUCAACUCGCGUUCUUCUUGCCACUGCUCUCGUCGACGUCUCGACUUCAAGGGAUAACAAAUUUUUAGUGCGCGCGCUCAUCGACCAAGGGUCUGAAGCAACAUUUAUCUCCGAAUCUCUCGCUCAACGAAUGAAUGUCGCGCGAUCAUCCACGUCGGUAAUUAUUACUGGCAUAGGAGCCAACGCUGCUACAACAUCACGAGGAUCUGUUUCUCUCUGGCUAACGUCUCGCGUAAAUUCGGACUUUAAGUGUCAAGUGAACGCCCUCGUUCUCCCGAAAUUGACAGCCUAUCAACCACCGAGUCUCAUACUGACAUCACGAUGGAAGCACCUUGAUGGCCUCCCUUUAGCUGACCCAGACUAUUCUUCAACACGUCCCAUUGAGCUAUUACUUGGUGCUGACGUUUACGCACAACUAAUUCUCGAUGGAGUGCGAAAGGGAAACGCUAAUACUCCGGUGGCUCAAAACACGCAAUUAGGCUGGAUAAUCUCUGGCCAAAUUGCAGCAAACUCGCCUAAUUGCCUACCACUGAACAGCAUGCAAAUCUCGCUCGACAAUUCUCUUUCUUUAUCUCUCCAGCGAUUCUGGGAACAAGAAGAGAUGGCACCUCCGCAUCCGAGUCUUCGUCCAGACGAAGCCGAGUGCGAAAAUCAUUUCAUCAACACACACUCUCGUGAGCAAGAUGGUAGAUACACAGUACGUCUACCUCUAAAGAAACCUCUUGACUCUCUCGGUGACUCCUACACUCCGGCAACGAAAAUGCUACACCGAAUGGAACAUCGCUUCUCACAGGACACCAAAUUCUUCGAAGCCUACUCUGCCUUCAUGACAGAGUAUGAAACUCUAAACCACAUGGAAGUCAUUUCGUCAACGAGCUCAAUACCAAAAACGUCCUACUAUCUACCGCAUCACGGUGUAAGGCGAGAGUCAAGUACUACUACAAAGCUUCGAGUCGUUUUCAACGGAUCGCAGAAAACUAACGCCGGACAUUCUCUAAAUGAUCAUCUUCACGUGGGCCCAAAGAUUUUGCCUGAACUCGUCAGCAUCUUACUUCGAUGGAGAGCGCACGCAGUCGUGUUCUCCGCCGAUAUGGAAAAAAUGUAUAGACAAGUAUUGGUGCAUGAAGAGGAUCGUGAUCUUCAACGAAUUUUCUGGAGAAAGGACUCCUCAUUGGAAAUUAAUACUUACCGUCUUCGCACGGUAACGUACGGCCUCACGUGUGCUCCCUUCCUCGCAAUAAGAGUGCUCCGUCAACUCGCUCAUGAUGAAAGGGAUCGCUUCCCAAUUGGAGCCUCAGCACUUUCGAGCGACGUCUACGUCGAUGACGUUUUAUCUGGUGCUGACGACAUCACCAGUGCCUUGAUCAAGCAAAACGAAUUAAUCGAGUUGCUCAAGGCGGGCGGUUUCACUUUACGGAAAUGGACCUCAAACACUCCAGAACUUCUUGAACAUCUAACGCCUGAAGUCAGAGCCACGACAACGUCGAUCGUCUGGCAACCGGAAACCUUCCACAUGCUGGGGCUAUCAUGGCAAUCGAGCAGUGACUCUUUUCUUUUCCAGUUAAACACUACCAAGCUUCAGCAUCCUCUAACAAAAAGAAAUGUGUUGUCGCAUCUACCAGCAAUCUCGAAUUUCCGCAUUCCUCGAUGGCUCGGAUUAAACUCAUCGCAACAGACUGUCGAGCUUCAUGGUUUCGGGGACGCGUCACAGCUUGCUUAUGCUGCUGUAGUGUAUUUGCGCAUUAUUCGUGAUGGACAAUCUUCGGUUACUCUCGUAUCGUCCAAAACGAAAGUCGCUCCGGUCAAACAAGUUUCCCUGCCGCGAUUAGAACUUUGUGCUGCUAACCUCGUCACGCGACUAGCUAAAACUAUCCUUGCUAUGCUCAAACUCGAUUGUCCGGCUCACCUUUGGUCAGACUCGACGAUAACACUUGCGUGGAUACGUGCACACCCGACCAAGUGGACAACCUACGUAGCUAAUCGUGUAGCUGACAUUCAACUUGCUCUCCCGAAUGCUAUUUGGCACCACGUUGAAUCAGCAAGCAAUCCGGCAGAUUGCGCAUCUCGAGGAGUUCUCGCAUCGGACCUUCAAGACCACUCUCUCUGGUGGAGAGGCCCUGAAUGGUUGCACGAAGAUGCUAACAACUGGCCGUCCAGUCCUCGUAAACCUCCGAAUGAUCUUCCAGAAACUCGUUUAACGUCUCACGCCGUCGCCGAACAAAUUGACGAGCCAUACUAUCUCCUCACCAAGUACUCGAACUUGACUAGGUUAUCAAGAAUCACUGCUUGGUGUUGUCGUGUCAAUCUCACAAAAAAUGGUAAACGCAAUCUAACUCCAGCACUCACGCCAUCUGAAAUCGCUGCCGCCCUCCUGCGUCUCAUUCGAGUUGAACAAAACCGCAAUUUUAAAACUGAAAUUCGUCUUCUCGAAUCCGGACAAACGCCUUCGAAAGGGCAACUUCUCCAACUGAGCCCCCUUCUCGACGACAAAGGUCAUCUCCGCGUGGGCGGACGGCUAAAAAACUCACUUCUCGAUCCUGAUGAGAAACACCCUUACAUUCUACCAAGCCGAUCUCCAUUGACUAAGUUACUCAUCGAACAUUAUCAUAAGGAAACUCUUCACGGCGGAGUGCAGCUCACUCUCGCCACCCUCCGACAACGAUACUGGGUGAUUGGUGGUCGCACUGCAGUGAAAGCGGUCAUACACAGAUGUCUUAUUUGCGUGCGACACCGAGCUACGACAGCGACUCAAAUCAUGGGAAAUCUUCCGAAGGCUCGAGUCACCCGAGCUCGACCCUUCCUCCACUCUGGAGUAGAUUACGCUGGUCCAAUCUACCUUCGAACUGCGAAAGGAAGGGGACACAAAUCGUACAAGGCUUACAUUGCCGUGUUCGUUUGUUUUUCGACAAGAGCGGUACACCUUGAAGCCGUAUCCGACUACACCACUGAUAGCUUCUUGGCGGCAUUCCGGCGAUUCGUUUCGCGCAGAGGAAAGUGCGCUACACUUACAAGUGAUUGCGGAACAAAUUUUGUAGGAGCAGACGCUGAACUACGAGCUCUCCUUGCUACUACUUCUGCUGAAUCCGAGAAAAUCGCGAAUAUUCUCGCCAACGAUGGAACGUUGUGGAAGUUUAACCCCCCAGCGGCUCCGCACUUCGGCGGACUCUGGGAAGCAGCGGUGAAAUCGACAAAACAUCAUCUUCGACGAGUGCUAGGCGAGAACACCUUGACUUUCGAGGAAAUGACUACACUACUGACACAAGUGGAAGCUUGUCUCAACUCUCGUCCACUCCAAGCUCUCACAGACGAUCCUGACGAUCUGUCAGCGCUCACGCCAGCUCAUUUUUUAAUAGGUGAACCCCUCACUGCCGUCCCGGAACCGUCUCUCGUCAACUUACCUCACUCACGCCUAUCAAGAUUUCAGCUCAUUCAGCAAAUGCAACGUCACUUCUGGAAUCGAUGGUCAUCUGAGUAUCUGCAUACUCUGCAGUCCCGGCACAAGUGGCAACAACCUCAGCCUUCUCUGCAAAUCGGUGACCUCGUUCUUAUAAAAAACAAACAAUUACCACCGACUAAGUGGCCUUUAGCUCGUGUCACUAACGUUCAUUCGGGAGAAGAUAAAAAAGUCCGCGUUGCUACUGUUAAGACAGCAACAUCAUCAUUAACUCGCCCAGUUGUGAAGCUUUGCCCUUUACUCAAAACAUCUCAACAAUUGAGAAGAAAAAGAUGGUUUGACAAGUACUUCAAUACUAUGCAGAAGAUUCCAGUUAAUUUGCAACGAACUUCAUGGUUCAGCCUUCGAGAUAUCUUCAUAAUGCUUCUGGCAAAGAUACAGAAAGUGCACAACAAAGCCAAAAAAUUCUUCGUAGGGACAUUCUUGACACGAUUGGAAUUGAAAAUGAAGUAG